AUGGCCCUCAGUCGCCGCGACCUAGUUUUGGCGGGCGUCGGCGUAUUCAUCGCUUGGGGGCUUGUGGUUCGCUGGCUGCCGAUCCUCCGGUAUCCAGGAUGUGCCGUGACGCUGGGUGCCGUCCUAUCUUCUGUUGGCCUUUUAGGACUUAUCACAUUGACAAUCCGGCAUCAGAAUGACAAAGCCAACACCAAGAACGUUUCAGUGGCUUUCAUAAAACCCAACCAAUGGCGAAAGGAAGUGGUGAAUGUCCGUCGGAGCACGCGAUACCGGCCCCGGCCACUGUAUCCUCAGUCCUUUGUCGUAUCGGAAGGAAUCGACGAACUUCUAUCUUUCAUUACCCGAGACUUUAUUUCCUCGUGGUAUCGCAGUAUCAGUCCGAACCCAAUAUUUGCCAAUGAGGUUGAUCGAACGAUUCGUGUCGCCCUUGAGAACCUCCGGGAUAGGUUGGUUGCGGAGGACAUGGUCUCGCUAAUCGUAUCACGGAUCUUUCCUAUUGUAACAUCACACCUCAAGGAAUUUGACAUUGCCGAGCGUUCUGUCCGGGGGCGCAAUCUCAAUCGAAAUGUGACCGAGUCUGGAGAGCUUGAUCUGGCCAUUGCAAACAAAUACCGUGAUGGACGUUUACAUCCCGCUGUUGCAACCUCUGCGUCCGAUCAAAAGGCUGUUCAACAGGACUACCUACGCAAGCUAGCGGUUGGACUUUUACCCCAGCUAUUCCCGGAAAGCGUGCUAAACAGUCGAAUUGUGUCUGUUCUGAUUCGAGAAAUCAUCUCAUGCGCUGUGCUUAUUCCGAUAGUCACUGCAUUAUCAGACCCAGACACAUGGAACCAAUUGAUGGAAGCAUAUGGCCGCACAGCUUUGCAUGAUCGGAAGACUGUACGCAAACUGCGCGCCGCUUUGGACCAACAUGCGUCACCUACACCUAAGUCCAAGCGUGGGCAACCAUUUCCACGACUGUCAGCAACCGAUUCAGAGCGAGCCUUUGAGCGCUUUGUGAGGGCAAUCAGGAAAUGUAAUAACCUCUCCGAUGCCCGUCGGUUUCGUGCCCUCGUUUCCAGUCAAUUGAAGCAAGAGAGUGUGGUCGAGGGCCAGGAUCAGGUCUACCUGAAGCGUCUGGAAACAGGAAAACGUGUUCUUGAUCAGAAAGUGGCUAAACUCGCGAAGCCUGGCGAAGAUUCCCAUGUGCCACCAGCACUAGACCUUCGACCUGAGAUCCCAUCUAAAACGCAUGAAUCGUCCCUGGUUGACGUGAUGCACAGCGCAUCUGGACUCUCUUAUUUCAUGGAGUUCAUGGAUCGCCAAAAGCUGAUGUCUCUUGUUCAAUUCUGGGUUGUUGUAGAUGGGUUCCGCAACCCACUUGAAGAUGACUUUGGAGAUGAGGCAGCGCCUACUUCAUUAGCAUGGAAGCCAGCAGACCGAAACGACCUAGCUCUGAUCAGUGAAACAUAUCUCUCAAAGCCAGAACUGAAGGUCUCUGAAGAGUCUCGCCGGGCAGUCAAGACAUUCCUGAGUGCAGGAAAGCGUGCCACCCCGGAACAAUACCGAAAAGCGCGAAUGGUGGUUUUAACAACCCAGUCUGCCAUUUUAGAGCAUCUCCAAGAUACUUACUAUCCCAAGUUCAAGGAGUCUGAUCUAUACUGGAAGUAUCUUGCGUCAGAUGAAGCAUCUGCUGCCCAGGCGCCAGUUCGUCAACCCUCCCCCAUUGCAGUCACUUUUGAAGCUCCCGAGAGGCGACCUCUCCCGCCUUUGUUGUCACGAACGAGCUCCCAACCGGGAUCGAGACCAAACAAAGACCUUCGACGGGCCGCUGUCUCGUCUGGCGAUGUGCGGGGCAUGGGAAAAUUAUUUGAUGAUGACGAUUCACCACGACGAUCAGUCGAUUCAGAACGAUCUGCUCAUCUUUUUGAUGACGACUAUGACACCGACAAUCUUGCCACGUCCACCCAUAGCUUGGGUAAGGAUUCCCAGAAUGGCGAGAACGAUGCUAGCCAGAGCCAAAGCCAAGUCCUCAAGACGAUGGAGGCAGCGCUUAAUGAUAUCAUUACCAAUGAGCCGAAAAAUGGAAGAAUCGAAGACCUCAAAGGAGAUGCUGCCGGUCUGUUUGGGCCGGAGCGUCCGGUUCUCUCGUCGCGCAGCUCGUCCGAAAUCCCCCAGGUUGACAACCGGAAUGAAAGAACUAAGAAAAGCAUCGCAUCGCUUGGUCUGGUUGAUCAUGCGUCCCGACUUGGUGUGUUUGAUGACGACUUAUUUCCGGAUCAACAGAAAUUCAUCGAAGAUGAAUACGAAGAACCAGACGACGUGGAUGAAAAAGACUCCGCAGAUGAAGUGCAUGAAGCUGCACCGGCCCAGGACGCCGUGGUCCAAGCAUUGACACGUAAAGCCGAACUGACAAACAACACCGCGGAAUUGAGAAUCCUGCGCAAGUCCAAGGCUAGCAUCCAGCGCGAAAUGCAUCGCAAGGAAAUGCAGCGGCAACAGUACAUUCUCCAGGAAAGCGAUAACAGCUUGUUCGGGCGAUCGACCGUUAGCAUCAAGUCUAUUGUCGUAGGGAAAGAAGAGGAUGAUGGCCGCGAAUUCGCUAUGUACGUUGUGGAGGUUCAAAGAAAUGCGGGCGAGCAAAUGCCUGCUGCAUCGUGGGUCGUUGCGCGACGAUACAGCGAGUUCCAUGAUCUACACCAAAAGCUGCGCCAACGCUACCCCUCCGUGCGGCACUUGGAAUUCCCCCGGCGACGCGUCGUCAUGAAGUUACAGAAAGAGUUCCUUCACAAGCGGCGACUCGCUCUCGAAGCCUAUCUGCAGAAACUCCUCCUCCUGCCGGAGGUCUGUCGCAGCCGCGAUCUACGUGCAUUCCUAUCCCAGCGUGCCAUCCUGCCCCGCAAGGAAAAUGCCCGCGACAACGAAGGUGAAACCAAAGACCUUGUCACCCGUAUCUACAACUCCGUCGCAGAUGGCAUGGAUGACUUCCUCGGCAACUUCGGCCAAGCCAGCAGCGCGAUACCAGAGUCCAGCCUCGCAACCGAAGACGCCGUCACAGCCGCCGAAGCCGAAGCGGAACUAAAUGCCUUCGAAGACCGCGAGCUCGAGCCCUUCAUCAAGCCCAUCUGCGAUCUCUUCCUCGAAGCCUUCGAGCUGAACCGCGGCAACAACUGGCUGCGCGGCCGUGCCGUUGUUGUUGUCUUGCACCAGCUCCUUGGCGGGACAAUAGAGCGCAAGGUCCGCGACGGAGCGCGCGGCCUGGUACAGGAUGAUUCACUUCUCAAGUACAUUUCUCUCGCUCGAGAUACCCUCUGGCCCGGCGGCGUACUCCGAAAAGCCCCUUCUCGUUCGGCUGCAGAGCGUCUCAAUAGUCGUGCCGAGGCCACUGUGGUCUUGGCUACCCUCAUCCCGGAUCUGGCGGGUAAUGUUGUCGGCAGAGCUAAUGCGCAGGCUGCUGCCCGCCGCAUCUUUGCCACGCUGAACAAUCAGCAUCUUAAUACCCAUCUCGUUUUCACGAUUCUUGACGAGAUUGUCUUGGUUCUCUUUGGGAGUGCGGCUGGUCCCAUUUCAUCAAUUCCUCCCCCGCGCAUCCAAUGGGCCCUAUUCUUCCGACCCCUCGACCAUGCAUUGAAUAAGCCAAAGACCCAGAACCCACUACUAGCAGAGACCUUCCCGUCCAUCUUCGACCAGUUCGAGUAUACCAGUAAGAAGAAUGAUCCCGAUACCGAUACUACAAAUGAAAACCCCACCUCCAAGGUCACAUUCACCACCUUCGACAUGGUCAAGAACCCGCAGAAAUGGGACGCAUACAUCAGACCAGAAGCCAGCUGGCGCCGUAUGCUGGUCCAGCAGCCGCCCGUGUAUACGAUGUCGCUGCUAAGGAGUAAUGUCGGGCAUGGCGGGCAGCAUUUGUAUAUUUAUGAGGCGUUGGACGACCAAAAAGAACCAGCCGGUGGCCUGCGAAUGGAUAUUGUCUUCGAAGCACUCGUCUUCGGUGACAGGUGGGAUCAAGAUGAAUAUUCCGCGACAGAGAUGGUCUGGGGACAGGAAUUCCUCCCUAAACAGGUUCAAGCGGAUUUGGAGCUCUUUGGAGUCCGGGAUCUGGAUUUGGUGUUUUAUACUCAUCUGGGAGAGAUGUUCAGCGGUCUGCGUUAUGAUACUCCGAGUCUGGACUGUGAUGUUGUGAAUAACAUCAAAGCGGCGUAUACUAGGCUGGGGAUGACGCCGAAGUACUCGGAUGAGGCUUUUUUGAGGGGGCGGAAGUCUUGGGGUUCGCUUUGGGAUUAG